AUGGGCCUACAGGCUGCUACGCAAGCGCACCGCAAACAGCACUCCGCAAGCAACAACCGACGAAGUCACAUCGCCCGCGCCGGCGAACAAGCGAACCCUCUCUCCGGCUUCUAUGCCGAGAUGCUCUCGAAGCCACUCCCCGAAGUCACCUCCGCAACGCGUACCGCGCCCACCCCCGCCUCCAGAGCCCCUAAGAACGACAAAGAGGAAGUCCUCGCCAAAGCACGCAUAGUCUUCGGCACACGGCUCGCGGGUCCAGGACGCCAAGCAGAGCGCAUGGCGCAAGCCACGGAGAUUGCAGGCGUGCUCGUGCCCCCGAAACCGGAGGAGCCGGAUAACUGCUGCAUGUCCGGCUGCGUGAAUUGCGUGUGGGAUGUCUAUAGAGAUGAGAUCGAGGAGUGGGCUGCGGCGUCGAAGCUCGCGAAGCAGCGGCAGCGGGAGCAGCGGGCGAAACUGAAGGACAAGGGCAGAGCGAGUGGGAGCAUGGUUGCGGAGGGGGGAAUGCCAGCGCAUGUGGCAGUCAGUAUGGAUGAUGAUGGGGGCGGGAGCGAGGCGAACUGGGGUGUGGGAGGGAUGGGCCCACAGGAGGCGGAUCUCUUUGAGGGUAUACCAGUUGGGAUUAGACAAUUUAUGGAGACGGAGAAGGCGUUAAAGAUGAAGCAUUUGGCGGCAGGGGAGAAGGCUGAGGCUGUGGCGAGUUGA